AAAAUGUCCCAAUACUCAGGAAAAAUCACUUUCUACGAAGGCAGAUGCUUCACAGGCAGGAAGCUGGACGUCUGUGGCAGCUGCAACAGCUUCCAGGACCAAGGUUUCCUCAACAGGGUCAACUCCAUCUGUGUCCAGAGCGGGGCUUGGGUCUGCUUUGACCACCCUGACUUCCGAGGGCAGCAGUACAUCCUGGAGCAUGGAGAAUAUCCUGACUUCUACCGCUGGAACGGGCGCAGCGACCACCUGGGCUCCUGCCGCCCCAUCGGCAUGCACGGCGAGCACUACAGGAUCGAAAUAUUCGAGGGGAGCCAUUUUAGGGGUCCCAGCCUGGAGCUGACAGAGGAUUGCUCCUUCCUGCAGGGACAGGGCUGGGACAAGACCUGCAUCAAUGCCCUCAAAGUGUACGGCGAUGGCGCGUGGGUGCUGUACGAGGAGCCCAACUACCGGGGCCGCAUGUACGUGGUGGAGCGCGGCGAGUUCGGCAGCUUCAGCGAGUGGCAGGCGCGCAGCGCCAGCGUCCAGUCCAUCCGCAGAGUCGUCAACUACUUCUAG